UUUAAGCGACAAGAUUCUCCUCUCUUUUGGUAUCUUAACCAUUGAAACGAUGACGUUUUGCCGAUAAAUCUCUGAAGGCUCAAAGCCCUGCUGCUAUCAUCAUCUCUCCUUGCCGAUGAUGAUGAAUCUCUGAUGCGCAAACGCGGGAAAUGAGACCUUCACUGUCCCAACAACACCAAACUCCAUAUCCAACAGAAAGCUAAAGCGAAUCAACGUGAUGAUGUCAAAGCUAUCUCUUUUCCGAGCAAAUUCACUUCCUUUCCCAGUCUUAUCUUCCUACUCCGCUCGUUUCAUCUCUAAACCCUAUCUCGCACCUCCUAAAACCCUCAUCCUCUACGCCUUCUCCACCGUUCCGUACGGCCCGUCUCUUCUGAAAGGGAAGAAGCCUUCGCUGAACGACCUUAGAUUAGCUUCAAUAGGUCGAGACAGAGAUGCCCAUCGACGCAAAAUCGAAGAUUUCGAAGAUUCAAUCGAGAAAGGUGAGCUCUUGGACGAAGACGAAUUCACUAGGAUUUUCGAGGUUUCCGCGGUUCGGGUCCCGGCGAAGGACUGUUUCGCGCUCGAGAAUCGUCUCCGUGGCCAUCUCCUUAACUGGCCUAGGAUACGGAACAUUGCUAGGGUUCCCGGAGAUGAAAUCGACGAAGACGUGGUGAAGCUAUUGGGACGCGAGAGCGAUGAAGAAGAGAGUGUUGUGGAUUCUGUUGACAGGAGGAUAAGAGGGAAAGCAGAAGGGGAUGGGGAGAGACUGAGUACCGUGUUGCAUAGAGAUCAGCUCGCUAGGACGUUUAACUCAACUGGGUAUCUCAAAUUCAGAAACUUGGCUAAGAUUUCUAGACCUAAGAGGAAGAGGAAGACAGAGAGAGCUGAGGGGAAGGAGAAGGUAAACAAAGGAAGCAGCCGCAAUGAGUUCGCUGUGGUGGAAGUUGUGGAGGAUAGAGGAGGGGAUGAGGAUUUUGAGGGGUUGCUUGGAGAAGGCUAUGGUAGUAGUAGUAGAGGAAGGUGGAGAGGUUCAACAAGGUUAUUGCUUUUGGAUGAGAGAUAUUCCGGUGAUGAGGAAGUUCAAGACUUGCCUGAGGCUAUCAAGGUUCUGUUCGAAGAAGCUAAAAAGACCGAUGCAAGCUUAAGUUUCGAGCUUGUGAAAUGUAGACUGACUCUGUUCUAUGACUAUUGGCCAAUGAAUGAGGUAUUGGAAGCUUUGCUACCAAAGGGUAUGAUUGUGCCUUCAGCAUUUGAGAUGGUGGGGCAUAUUGCGCAUCUCAACCUUAGAGACGAGCAUCUACCUUACAAGAGGCUCAUUGCUAAGGUAGUUCUGGAUAAGAAUCAGCCAAAGAUACAAACGGUUGUGAAUAAGAUUGAUCCUAUUCACAAUGACUUCAGAACAAUGCAGCUAGAGGUUUUAGCCGGAAACCAUUCCCUGGUGACCAUGGUUGUUGAAAAUGGACUGCGCUUUCAUGUUGAUUUAGCUAGAGUAUAUUGGAAUUCGAAACUUGGGACAGAGAGACAGAGGCUUCUACUUGGCUUCGACCAAAAUGACGUUGUCUGUGAUGUUUUCGCUGGAGUGGGUCCAAUCGCACUAGCUGCAGCAAGAAUAGUAAAACGUGUAUACGCCAAUGACCUGAACCCUCAUGCAGUAGAAUUCAUGGAGCAAAACAGUGUUGUCAAUAAGCUCGAGAAGAGAAUCGAGGUCUUUAACAUGGACGGAAGAAGAUUCAUAAAGGCUAUGUUUUCAAGCGACAAGGGUCAAAAAGUCACCCAAGUAGUCAUGAAUUUACCCAAAGAUGCUGCCGAAUCUCUAGAUGCAUUUCGAGGAGUAUACAACGACAGGUAUAGAGAUGAAGGCUUAUCUUUCCCAACCAUCCAUGUCUAUGGAUUCUCCAAGGCUGCUGAUCCAGAAUUCGACUUCCACGAGCGGAUACGGAUUGCACUAUCGGAGGUGGCCGUGGACGUCAAAAUGCGGAAGGUAAGACUCGUGGCUCCUGGAAAAUGGAUGCUGUGUGCUUCCUUCAUACUUCCAAAGAGUGUAGCCUUCUCAAGAAAAACCAUUAAUGUAGAUUAAGAAAGAAAGGGCAAUACAUGGCAGAUUAUAGGGUCACAUUUGCAAAUACAAAAAUUGUAUUGUACUUUCAGCCUGUUAUACUUGCAGUGUCUUGUUGAAGAACGAGACAACUAACAAGUGAAAGGGACAAUAGCUUCCGUUAUAAUUAUUUAUCUUCAAUAUGGUUUUUU